AUGCCUCUACACAGUGUUGUUGUUUAUCCCCAAUGACAUCACUUCACGCUACACCGACGAGCCUCACGCUUCGCCACUAUUCGAACCGCACGAAGCUAACCUGCGCAGCUACGUUAUCACCACCUCCGACAUGGAAACAGAGCCGGCGAGUUAUCUCCGUCUCCUUCUUCCUCUCUCGUCUCCUCCUCCUCCCCACUAACAACGAUGCCAUGGCUGGUACCUUAAUUGAUAAAUAUGUCAAGAGGAAAAAACUUGAUCCACUUGAAGCAUAUGUACCACCAGUGCUCCUAGCUCAGCUACAGAUUCAGGAUCUUGAGGGAUUUUUGAAUGUGGAGAAACCUGAAUUCGAGGCGUGUAGGCGCCAAUUGCGUUCUGGUCCUGCUAGUUCUCUUCGUGUUAACAUUCGAGCUGUUGCUCAGUAUGCUUCAGAUGAUGGUUUUUCCAAAACUGCGACUGAUGAUGUUGAUCGAUGUUUAAGAGCAUUGGAAGAACUGGAUUCGUUGUUUCUACGAGCGUCGAGGAAA